AUGAUAUAUUAUUUCUUCCUUUUUCAUUUUUCAGGGUUUUUUUUCUUUUUCCUUCGUUUUAGUUUGAUUUUCAAUCUCACGAGUUUGUUUUCUUUUACAUUCAUUUUAAAUAUUCUUUCAAUAUUUCAUUUUCUCUUCAUUUCUCUCUCCGAUUCUCUCUCUCACACACACUCUCAUUCACUCUCUCAAUCUCUCUCUCACUCUCACUCGUUCUCUCUCUCAUUCUCAUUCACUAUCGCUCUCACUCUCUCUCUCUCUUUCUCAUUCUCCCACUCUCACUCAAUCUCUGUCACACUCUCACAUGCUCUCUCAUUCUUUCUCACUAUCUCUCUCAUUCUGGCUGACUCUCUCUCUCUCACUCUGUCUUUCUCUCUCACACACUCUCACACGAUAUCUCUCUCUCAUUCUCAAUUACUAUCUCUUUCUCAUUCUCUCUCUCUCUCUAUCUCUCUCACUCACUCUUUCUCGCUCAUUCUCUCUCACUUACUAUCACCUCUCUCUCUCUCUCUGUUACUCUUGCUUUUACUUUCCUCCGUCUUUCACUUAGUCACCUUACUCUCCUCAGCCUUUCGCUCAGCUCUCUCCUUUACUCUUCGCCGCCUUUCCCUCAGCUCUCUCUUCUCCUCUACCUUUCACUCAGCUCUAUUCUCGUCUACCUUUCACUCAGCUAUCUCCUUUACUCUUAGUCGACUUUCACUUAGCUCUCUCCUUUACUCUCCUCUGCCUUUCACUCAGCUCAAUCCUUUACUUUUAGUCGCCUUUCACUUAGCUCUUUUCUUUACUCUCCUCUGCCUUUCACUCAGCUCUCUCCUUUAUUCUCCUCUUCUCUGCUUUUCAUACACUCUCUCCUUUACUCUUCUCUCCUCUGCCUUUGCCACCCAGCUCUCUCCUUUACUCUCCUCUGCUUUUCAUAAAGUUCUCUCCUUUACUCUUCUCCGACUUUCAGUUCGCCCUCUCCACUCCUCCGCCUUUCACUUAGCUCUUUCCUUUACUCUCCUCUGCCUUUCACUCAGCUCUCUCCUUUAUUCUCCUCUGCUUUUCAUACAGUUCUCUCCUUUGCUCUUCUCCACCCUUCACUCAGCUCUCUCUUCUCCUCUACCUUUCACUCAGCUCUCUCCUUUACUCUUCUCGGCCUUUCACUCAGCUCUCUCCUUUACUCUCCUCUGCCUUUCACUCAGCUCUCUCCUUUACUCUCCUCUGCUUUUCAUAGAGUUCUCUCCUUUACUCUUCUCCGACUUUCAGUUCGCCCUCUCCACUCCUCCGCCUUUCACACAGCUCUCUCCUUUACUCUCGUCUGCUUUUCAUACAACUCUCUCCUUUACUCUUCUCCGCCUUUCACUCAGCUCUCUCCUUUACUCUUCGUCGCCUUUCACUCUCUCCUUUACUCUUCUCUACCUUUUACUUAGCUCUCUCUUUUACCCUCGUCCGUGUUUUCUCAUCCUUCCGCAUUCUUUGCCUUCACUGACCUUCUCUUACCACCCACAUUAUACCGUUUAUUUUUCUUCCACCAAUCUAUCUAGUUACAUUCUUUCUCCCUUUACACGUUAUCCGUCUCUCUCUUUAACCUACUACUUGCCCUACAUUUGA